AAGCCAUAAAGAAACAGUAGAACGACACGUGCACUGCACAAGUAAGAAGAGGAAAGAAGGGUUUAUUCCUUGACACUUGAGAGACAGUUCUUCUCAGCUCCCAGCCUACGCGAUUUCUAAAAUAUUGCUGUCAACCCAUCUUGCCAAGGGUUUUCUGAUUCAGGGGUUCAGGAAGUGGUACAAUGUCAAGUGGCCCUGGACUUGAAUCUCUUGUAGAUCAGACAAUAUCAGUCAUCACAAAUGAUGGACGCAACAUAGUGGGAAUUUUGAAAGGAUUUGACCAGGCCACUAAUAUAAUCCUUGAUGAAUCUCACGAGCGUGUUUACUCUACUAAGGAAGGUGUUCAGCAACUUGUGUUAGGAUUGUACAUAAUAAGGGGCGACAACAUAAGCAUUGUUGGAGAACUUGAUGAAGAACUGGAUUCUAGUCUAGACUUGUCAAAUUUGAGGGCACAUCCCCUCAAACCUGUUAUCCAUUAAUGGAUCAUGGAAGCUAUAGAGCUGUUGUUCACUCGCCGAGCAUUAGGAACCUGUUUUCAGGAGUACGAUAACAAAAGCGAUAAACUAGACAUUAGAUUGAUACUCUGAAAGUGUUCGUCUUUUUGUGUUAAUUGUUUUCUAUAAUGUACUGAUGUUUGUAGACUGGCACAAGAUCUAAUCUAUGCUGAAUCAUUUUGUGAUUGUGCUUAUGUGAGAUUUGGAGUAUUCGCUUUUAUGGUUUAGAAUCUAUCCUCUACAUGUUAUAAGGUUCAUUAUAUUGUCUCCAUAUGCUGUCAAGCGUAGUGGCAAAGCAUUAU